ACUUUUGAUUUUGGAAAAGUUGUGAAAUCAACCGGCGUCUGUCUUAAAGACUUGUAGAUAUUUCCUGAUAACAAAACUAAACUUGAUAUGUCUAACAACGAAAUAUCUAAAGAGGAGGUUGACCAAUAUGACAGACAGAUUCGUCUGUGGGGAAUAGAAGCACAGAAUCGACUUCGGAAUGCAAAUGUAUUAAUAAUCGGCAUGGGGGGAUUUGGAGCUGAAGUUACAAAAAACAUUGUUCUUGCAGGAAUUAACUCCAUUGUUCUAAUGGAUGAUAAAAAUGUGACGAUGGUUGAUGGUAGUUGUCAAUUUCUUAUUGAUAUUACUAAAGAUAUCGGAAGAAACAGGGCGGAAUGUUCAGUCUCAAGAACAAAAUUACUUAAUCCAAAUGUAAAGGUCUCCUUUAUAGCGGAAACCAUAAAGAAUCUUUCUAAUGAUUAUCUUAAAAAAUUUGAUGUCAUCUGUGCUACGACUGGUUCUCAGGAGGAUAUAACGAGAUUGGAUGAAACCUGUCGAGAAAACGGGACCGUCCUCUUCUUUGGAUGCGUUCAAGGAACCUUCGCUUAUUAUUUUAUUGAUGCAGGAAGUCAUGAGUACACUAAAAAAACUAUUAAGAAUCAAGAAACUACAUAUUCGGAAGAUGUUCAGGAAUUUCCUAAAUUCUCAGAUGUGCUCGAGACUAGAAAUCCGUCUACAUUACUCAUUAAAGCCUUGGAUUUUAUUACAGGUGUAAAAAAGCCUAUAUUAAUGGAAUUCGGUGUUGCUUGCGCUGUUAUCGGUGGAAUUGUCGCUCAGGAAAUAAUUAAAGCCAUUUCAAAGAAAGAUCCACUGUACAAUAAUUUUUUUGUAUUUGACUCUCAAGGCGAUGGAAGUGGCCAAUUUUACAAAGUGUUAAAAGAAAAAUAUCCAUGUCAAAAGUUUGAUUGA